GUUUGCCCAUUGAUGUCGUUGUUUGAAUGUAGCUAGCUAACUCGUAGCUAUCUACGUGUAACAAUUAACCAUCAUAGCACACACUAAUCCAGUUAUAAGUCCACCAUCAAUAAAAAUGUGAUGGUUCAUAUAAAUAUUUAUAUUCUGCUUGUAAGAAUAUUAGCAGGACGCUUCCGAAAUUGUGAAGAAAUUACACGACAGUACAAGAUAGCCUACGCUAGGUUAGCCUACAGUAGUUCUCUUACAAAACCUCACGAAUAGGCUACUAGUUAACCUAGCUAGCUAAUCGUGUUUUGUUUCUAACGGUACAGUAACGUUUUAAGUUUGACUCAGUUAGCAAUCGGGAAAAUGACUUCGGCCUCAACAAAGGUCGGAGAGAUCUUCUCCGCGGCGGGAGCUGCCUUCACCAAGCUGGGCGAACUCACUAUGCAGCUACACCCUGUCGCUGACUCCAGCCCUGCGGGAGCUAAGUGGACGGACACUGAGAUUGAGCACCUGAGAUCGGCAGUGGUGAGGUUCGGUGACGACCUCAACGCCCUCAGCUCUGUCCUCAAGGAGCGCACCGUAGGCCAGAUAAAGACGACAGUCAAGAGGAAGCUGUACGAGAACAAGGUGCCACUCUCCUCCGACUCCCCCAGAAAGAACUCCAAGAAGGCUGCCGUCGCCAUGGUGACAUCCGCGGGGCCAACUGUCAUGGCUACGCAGGCCGGGCAGGUCGUCGUGACGACGGGGCUCCAGGGCUCCUCCUCCCAGGGACACCCCACCAUGAAGAAACAGAAGACGGCAGACGUGACUCUGAGCGCUCUGAACGACUCGGACGUGAACAGCGACCUGGUGGACAUUGAGGGGCUGGGGGAGGGGUCUUCUGCCAAGAAGAUCAACUUUGACCAGGACAACCUGAAUCUUGACUCCAGCCUCAUCAUGAAUUCCAGCGACCUGCCUCUCCUCUCCCGCUGACCUUUGACCUCUGAGGAGGAGGGACUUGCCCCGUUGUCACAGAUGGCUGCGGACCCGACGUAAACACGUUGAUCUUGAGCACCGAUGAUCAACAGCGAUGAUGUCUCACUGAUUCCACUCAGCAGACAGAAGACAUGAUCACAUGACCUACCCCACUCAGAUUUUUUUUUUUUUAUCCCCACACAUACCUACCUCCUGCCAUUUUAAUAUUGUUUUCAUGAUAUACACAAUAUAGCAAUAUACUCCUGUCCUAUCUUCUCAACCCCCCCCCCCCCCCCCCCCACACACACUGAUCUAUUCAAUCCCAAUAACAAUAUUUAACACUAUUGGAGAUUUAUUUUAAUUUUUUCCCUCAUCAGUGCAUACAAAUCAAAAUUGUAUAAAUGGUAAAAUCAUGUACUUGUUAGUUGUUUGCUACCCGUUGCUAUGGUGAGGAAGAAGAGAGGUCAUCACUAUCGUAUUGUAGGAAAGGUCAAGGGUUAGAUGAUUGUUUAGAUCUGUGUCACCAUUUUGUUUUUAAGAAACAGCUGUAGGACCUAAGAUGGGGGACACAUAAAUAUUCACUCCUGAUGAACAAGAACACUCCUAGUUUAUCAGAGCACAAGGAGUCUUUGCGUUGUAGUUUCUGGGUAGAAAUUGGUCACGUGAUCAGCAUGUGACUGAAUUAUCUUGAAUAAACUCGAUUUUGUAUUUAACCAUU